AUGUUGUCCUCUCUCUUUUCACUUGCGGCUCUGCCACUGGCGACGCAGGCCUUGCUCGAGUUCCCCAUGGAUAAUCGAAUGGUACAGGAGCCUGGUCUGAUUCGAUUCCCGCUUGACAUCGCUGCUGGUGCUCCAACCAAGAACAGAAUGCUUAGACGUCAAAACGAAAUCGGUGUCAAUGCCGAGAAAUCGGGCUUCUUUUACUCUAUUGAACUGCAGGUCGGCACCCCUGCUCAAGCUGUGAGAGUCAACUUCGACACUGGUUCUGCCGAGCUCUGGAUCAAUCCCGUGUGCAGCAAAUCUACAGACCCUGGCUUCUGUGAUAAACUUGGUCGUUUCAAUGGCAGUCAGACUUUUGUCGAUACCAACACAACUCACGAAAUUCGAUAUGGGACCGGCUUCGCCAAGCUCGAAUACGGUUACGACUACGUCCAGAUUGGAUCUGCCAAAAUCAGCCAGCAGAUGUUUGGUGUUGCUACCGAUAGCGAGUUUGCGAGUGCUGGUAUCCUGGGUGCUGCUCCUCAGUUAAAGGGCUGGAAGAGCGAUUACCCGCUGGUUCUGGACAACAUGGCUGCGCAGGGUUUCAUCAAGAGCCGCGCUUUCUCCCUCGAUAUUCGCACCUUGGCAAGCAAGCGAGGUUCCGUCGUGUUUGGCGGUAUCGACACAAAGAAGUUCUCCGGUCACCUGGAGAAGCGACCCAUCAUCCCUGCCGCCGAGUCCCCCGACAAGCUCACACGCUACUGGAUUUAUCUCGACGGCGUCUCGGUGACCAAGGAGGACGGCUCCAAGGUGGUGAUAUUCGACCAGGCCAAUGGUCAGCCCGUUCUUCUCGACAGCGGCUACACCGUUUCUGCCCUGCCCACCAAACACUUCAACAAGAUCAAGGACGCCUUCCCCGGUGCCUCUGCUCCCCCCGAAGGUGAUAAAUCUGGUCUGUACCGCGUUCCCUGCGAUGUUGGCUCCAAGAAUGGCUCCGUAAACUUCAAAUUUGGCAAGACCGAGAUUGUUGUUCCUUACGACGACUUCAUCUGGAAACAGCCCGACAACAACCUCUGUGUCCUCGGCGUCACUCCCGAUGAUGAGUUCCCCGUGCUGGGCGAUACCUUCCUGCGCGGCGCAUAUGCCGUCUACGACCAGGACAACCGCAACAUCCACCUUGCCAACAAUGAGGAUUGCGGUUCUUCGCUGCUUGCUAUUGGUACGGGUCCCGACGCUGUUCCGUCUGUUGAAGGUGACUGCGGCAGGCCCAAGCCCACGACCACCUCGACUCACUCCAAAACUACUUCAGCUCCUAUUCCCACUGGUCACAACAGCACGAUUAGCUCUACGCAAUCCACGCCCAGCUCCAGCUCUGUUGCCUCUCCCACCUCGACUCAUUCUAGAACUACUUCGGCUGCUAUUCCCACUGCUCAUGGCAGCACUGUCAUUACCUCUGCAAAGCCCACGGCCAGUUCCAGUUCUACUCCUUCACUCACUAUUCCCACUGCUAAGAAUAGUACCGUCAUCUCUGCCAAGCCCACGACAACGUCUACUUUAGUUCCUACUAGCCACAACAACAACAACAACAACACCAUCCUUAACACGUCUAAGCUUAUAAGCACCACGUCUAAGCUUAUAAGCAUCACGUCCAACACUCCCCCGACUGGUACCGAACAAAUCACCACUGUUCCUGUUACCUAUACCUCAACCUUUACCACCACCAGCGUUCACACCAUUACUUCCUGCCCGCCCUACGUUACCGGAUGCCCCAUAGGAUCUGUCACGACCGAAACCAUCACGGGCGUAACAACUUGGUGCCCCGACAACACAACUCCAUCCGCCAAACCUCCUCAAACCACCGAGACCAAACCACCUCCCACUACUGUCAUUACUGCGCAGCCAACCAUCACGUCCGCGCCGAGCAUCACGUCCGUAUUCACUACCAUCAAGACGCACACCAUCACCUCAUGCCCAGGGCAGGCGUCUUGCAGCAAGGGACAUGUCACCACCGAGGUCAUCACAUCGACUACCUACCUCUGCCCCGAGUCUACCGCCACCUUCACCAUUCCCCGGACGCACACCUGCCGCGAGGGCGACAGCGAAUGCAAGCCAGGUGACACGGUCACGACCGUCUUCACCGUCACCGUCGAGCCUCAAACGACUGCCGACCAGCCUACCCCCGUCCCCGGCUGCGGUGACAACUGCGUCCUCCCUCCUCCAGCGCAGACUCAGCCUCCUGCUGAGACGACAGCCGCCGAGACCCAGCCAGGCAUCACUGCUGUCGUCACGGCGCCCGGGUCUGUUCCCACGACAGUUUCCGGCACCAACGGCACCAUCACCACCGUAACCAAGCCCAGCGACACGCCAUGCAGUACAUGCAGCCCUGAGACGACCUCACCACCUCUAACGGGUGGUGCUUCUGGGUCCCGCGUUCCCAUCAUGGCCGUUGCCAUUAUUGUCGGGGCCCUGGCUGUCACUCUGUAG